GUAAGUUCGUGAUUUUAUAGCCACCAAUUGAAGUUCUUGUAUUAUGAAUUGGACGAAUUCGGUUUUAUUGUACUAUUUAAAAACUUUUCUCGUUUCAGAGUAGCAAAUUAUGAUUUUCCUUGAAGUGGCUUCAGAGGGAAGAAAGAACACAAACGCAAAUCCCCAAGCGUCUCCAUCCUCCUCAGCCCCCGAAUCGGCGCUCGCUCCAUUCCCCUCCCCUCCCUCUUCCAUCGGCUCCGGCGUCCUCGCCAACUCCGGCUGCCCUCCCUCCUCUGAUGUUAGACGCCAUCAGCGCUUAGGAGACGAUGGAGCACGACGAUGGGAGGGAGGCCGACGCCAAGCGAGCGGCCGGCGGCGGCGAGGACUUCAUCAGCGCGCUACCAGACGACGUUCUCAUCCAGAUCCUCGUCGGGCUGCGCAGCGCCGCCAUCGCCGCUCAGACAAGCGUGCUCUCCAGCCGGUGGCUCCCCCUCUGGGCCCUCAUGCCGGAGCUCGACUUCACCGCCGCUCGCGACGCCCCCGACCGCAUUCGCGCCGCCCUCGACGCCCACCGAGCUCCGGCACUCCUUAAUCUACGCGUCACCGACGGACGCGACUACUGACUGCGUCGCGGCGUGGAUCCCCAUCGCAGCCAGCCGCGCCUCCGGUUCUCUCUCCUUCGUCAACAAGUUGAGCGAUGCGGAUGGGGGUCAGGACAGAGGUGGCUUUGAGCUGCCGUGCUUCGAGGACGCUACCUCGCUGUGGCUCGACCUUGGGCUUCUUGGCCUUGCAUUGCCGGCUUCCGGCAUAUCCGCUCGGCUCACCGAUCUGCACCUGCACCUGAGACUGAGUAACAUCAAGGUACAAGGUCCAUGGGUGCUCGGUGAUGCUCUCUCCUCGCCCAGGUGCCCGUGCUUGCAAAGACUCAACAUCUCGAGUGCCCGUGGUAUUGACAAACUCACCAUCCAUUCCGAGUCCCUCCUGCAAUUGAAGCUUUUCAAGCUAUGUGGCUUCCAGCAACUCAGUGUCGUGGCGCCGGCGCUCAAAGGCUUGGCGAUACGGCACAUUUGCGGCAGCUGAGCCCUGGUGUUUUUUCUGUACAUGGACGACAUGACAUUAAACCAAUCACAAUCAUUAUUGCCUGAGGCUAUGCAACACUUCAAGGCCGUGCACAGUCUAACCCUCAGAAUCUUCUAUAAAUCGGUGAGUUCAUUUUCUUGUGUGAAGUUAUGUCAUUUUCUUGGGUUCAUUCGUUAUCCAAGGGGACAUGAACUUUUGAACUGCUCUCUUUUUUGUGAUUUACCUACAAAUCUACUUGACAAGGGUCCAGAACAUAACAUAUACUCCCUCUGAUCCUAAAUUCUUGACUCAAAUUUGUCCAAAUAUGGAUGUAUUCUAUUCUUAAAAAGCGUCUAGAUACAUGUAAUAUUUCGACAACAAUUUAGGAUCGGAGGGAGUAGUUCUUUUUGUAAUGUUCUGUGAACCUACAGGACAUAGGAACCAUCGAUACAUGAUGGCAGACAUGGCAAGGCUCCCUGACAUUACAUUCUUGUCCCUGACUGUGGAUUCAAAAGGACACACCUUUGGAGGCAGCGCAUUUCAUAUUCUCAGAAUGUGUACUGGUUUAAGAAAGCUAGAACUUGAAUAUUUCAAGGAACGGGCGGUGACUCCAUGCUCAUCAGGUUGCAUUUGUGAUCAGUUGGAAAACCGGAAAACCGAGGAACUUGUGUUGAAUCAGCUCCCGGAAGUACGUAUCAUUGGACUGCUAGGAACUGAACAUGAAGUUGCUUUUCUGCAACGGUUUUUCAGUUGGGCAACAGUGCUAAAAAAAAUGACAAUAUCUUUCAAGGAUUCAGUCGCUGAAAGCAAGGCCAAGUGGUUGUGCCAGACUUUCCGAAGCUUCUCCAGCCCAAAAACACACAUGAAAUUUUAUCUGUACCAAGGCUUGGUCAAGAAGGUUUUGUAUGUUCCAGAAGAGUAAAGCAUGGACUUCCUUAGAUUGUAGUAACCUAGUGUGAUUUCUAAUGAUGUUGGGAAUGUAUGUUAGACUGGCGGUGUAGUGUGUUGUGUGUUUUGUUACUUAUGUUAGACCUGUACUUGUUAUCAUGAUCCUUUAUGUUAUGUCCUAUCUCGCGUAGACACACUAAACCAAAUCAGAUUCGUGAUAUACUAAGUGCCAACGCUGAACUACAGCAUGUCCGUAA